AGUCUAAAGAGGGAUUGUCAAACUAUUUAUGCAUAUCACACUUUUAUUUUUUUAAUAUUAUCAGUGUCAUUCUCGUUUCAUAGUGUCAAUUGAAAAUGUGGGUACGGUGCUUCGUUUCAGUGCUUUUCCUCAUAAAUGUCUUUCAUUCAGGAACCAGCAUACCCAAUCCCUCCUUGUACAAUCUCCCAAGGGCCAUUUUCAGCUUGGCCGGCUCAGCAUCUGCUUCAUCUUCAUCAGUAGACACUUCUGAAUCCGCAAAAUUUACGAAUAUUGUGGAUUAUCACAAAAAAGAAGAAAAACGACAACAACUGCAGACUGAAAAACGAAUAGGAGAAGACGACGACAUUUCUGAUGAUCCUGCAGAGAAAGAAGAAAAUGAAGCUUCACCGAGUUUCCUGCAAAAGAAAGUUAAUAAGAUCUUAGCGAAAAUCCAACUCUUUUCCACUUUUUCUGAUUCUUCUGCAACGCAAGAUUUAGAAGUAGAAGAAGAAACGAAAAGCAACUCAACAGAAGAGACACCUAAAUCCGACGUCAUAAUAGACUUUGGUGACUUUCCGUCUCCCACACCCAAAGUAGCAGGAUCCCAAAAAGUUGUUGUUCCAGCAGAAUACGGAGCGCCUCUAAGACUAACCUGGGACAACAACGACGCUGAGAAUAUAACAGAUAUUGAACAUAUCAUCAAUCCGAACUGUACGCAUAUAGAGAGUACGAAUAAACUGGGCCAAAUAGGGGUAUACUUCGCAGAAUUGUUCGGAAGUAUUGUAGGACUGGCGUACGGUGCAAUGGCGCAUAUAAAUAAUGCUUUGACAGGUCAAAACAAACCAGAAACAACGAUUUAAAAGAUGUAUAGAUAAUAAUUUUUGAGCAUAGAUCCCUACUUCCCUAUUUGUCGGUCUUGUGCGGUCGGGAGUGAGUCUCACUCCCAUUUUCUCCAGAUCUUCUUUGAUUGCAUCUUUCCACCUUUUUCUAGUCCGUACUACAGAUCUUCUUCCAUCUAGUCUUUUCGAAAACACAUUGUUUAUAAGGCGAUUGCUAUUACUGCGUAUCACAUGUCCUGCCCAUAUUAGCCUAUUGGUCUUUAUAUCUCACUAGAUUUUUCUUUCUGAAGAGAAACUAACUCGUUGUUACCUCCUUUUUUAAUUAACUUGGCAUCAAAAUUGUCUAGACUAGGCAUUGUCUAGGCAUUUCUAAUUUCUUCUAGGCUUGAUGGGAAGUAUUUCUAUUUCGACCGUUUGAUACUCAUUUUUAAUUGCUUUCGUCAGUGACAUUCUGAAUUUCUUUAAAAUAUUCAACCCAUCUUUCUAUUAUUUCUAUUCUAUUAUCGGCAGUGAGAAUUCUCCAUUUUUCUCUCUCACGCGAUUGGGUGUCCUUAUAUAGGAGCCUUCCUAAUGUUGUCUUACCUCUCUGUAGAACGUUUUACUUUGAUUUUGUCUAUGUUUCUUCUACCUUUUUAAUUUUUUAUUGUAGAUAUUAUCUUUUUUGCCUCAGUGUUUCUCUCUGCCUCUCUUUCUCUCUCUCUCUCUCUCUCUGUCUCUCUCUACCUGUUGAAUUUUGUACGUUUUUCGUCUAAUGAGUUCGACAUAGAAUCCAUUUUUUUUGUUUGUUUCUUUUGGGUCUUCUUUUAUUCUUCGUCGAACCA